CGCUGAGGGGCGGCUAUGGGCCGCAGCCGCUCCCGGUCACCGCCGAGGCGGGAGCGCCGGCGGUCGCGCUCGACCUCCCGCGAGCGGGAGAGACGGCGCCGGGAGUGAUCGCGCUCCCGGGACAGGGACCGGAGGAGGAGCCGCUCACGCUCCCCGCACCGGCGGCGAUCCAGGUCGCCGAGACGGCACCGAUCGAGCUCAUCCUCCCCGCCGCGGCUGAAGGAGCGACGGGACGAGGAGAAGAAGGAGAUCAAGGAUUCCAAAGGCAAAGAGCGACAGAUCACAGAGGAGGAUUUGCAGGGCAAGACUGAGGAGGAGAUCGAGAUGAUGAAGACGAUGGGAUUCGCCUCCUUCGACACGACGAAGGGGAAGAAGGUGGACGGCGCCGCCAACGCCUACGCCAUCAACGUGUCCCAGAAGAGGAAGUACAGGCAAUACAUGAACCGCAAAGGAGGGUUCAACCGGCCCCUGGAUUUCAUCGCCUGAGGGAUCCCCCGGGAUCCCCCCGCCCCGAGACCGGAUCCCAGGCAAAUUGGGGUUCUUCCCGGCGACCCCCCCGAGUGGGUACGAGCCACUGGAUCUUUGAUUUAUUUGUAUUUGUACAAUUUCCCGUGGGAUUUCGUUGUAUUUUUCUUGUUUCCCCGUUAUAAUAAAACCCUGUGUAUAUUUUUCCUAUUA